AUGGCAACUCAAGAUUAUUCACUGUUGAACAUGAUUCCAUUCGAACAUGUCAUUCAAUAUGAAAAAUUCAAAGAAAUACAUGCAUAUACAUCUGAUGAAAUUAUAGAGAACAGGAAAUUAGAAAAAAACUUAUUUUUAUUUACGAUAUUUAAGAAUUCAUUUCUUUAUGUAACAUGUGAUUGUUGUAUUUUAAUGUCUAUUUGUAUUGUAUUCGAAUGA